AUGGGGUCCCCCUCAUUGCUUGCUUCGACAUCUUCGCUCUCGCGGAGGUUAUGGGGAAUACUCUCUCUGUCUGUCGCGUUAGCGAGUGCUUUAACCGUAACUACAGUUCCGCAACCAUCCUUCGACCUCGACGGCCUUGGUCACGUCGCUCUCGCGGGUGACUUUAAUGCAAUCUCCGUCUACGAGUACCUGGGUCAACCGGGGUCGUCGGCGUUUUCUAAUGGGUCCGAGAGUUUACUGUCGCAGCUGCCCAACGGGGUAUUCACGUCGCUGGCCUCGGCUGACGCCGCGAUACAGGCUCUCUGCGUGCACCAGUUGAAAGAUGGGACGGUAAAGGGGAUAUUUGUUGGCGGGAAUUUCACGAGUCUGGGGAAUGUGCCGGUUACUGGUGUGGCGUUGUUCAAUCCUCUGGAUGGGAAGGUGACGGCCCUGGAUGGACUGGUGAAGGUGGGGAAGGUUCAGGCUUUGCUCUGCGAUAGGGAGACGAAUACAGUUUAUGUUGGCGGAGAUUUUAUGGGUUCGAACUCUAGUAAUGCCAUUGCUUGGGUGGAUGGGGUAGGAUGGACGGAUCUGCCCUUUGACGGAUUUGAUGCGCCAGUCAAGACAAUCACCAAAUCUCCUAAUGAUACCAUUGUUUUUGGUGGGACCUUUAACAACCUUGUCAAUGCUUCGAGCCCUCGUAUCAAGCACGCUCAGACCGUUAAUCUAGUUUCGACAAGUAUUACUGCUGAGCAGACUACCGACCUAAGUCAGUUUGAUGACCCGGCCGCUAUUGUCUGCCCGGCUGGGAAGGGGAGGCAGUGGUUAUUGAGAGAUGGGCAGAGAGGAUCUUGGACUGCGAACUUCAAGUUUUUAUUUAGGCCCACCAAGUUGAGGAUACGCAACGCCAACUUUGAAGGUUGUGGGACGAGGCUUUUCAGAUUCACUGCGUUUCCUAUGAACGGAAUAAUGAACCUUACCUACACCGAUCCUGCAACUAAUACAUCCAUGCACUGUGAUGCUUGGUGUCCUCUUUCUGCUACGGCAGAGUUCGAAGACUUCUUUUUCGUGAACGAAGUUGCGAUGAACAGUAUUCGUGUGGACAUUCUUGAUUUCUAUGGUGCCAGUGGUGGACUUGCUGGGAUUGAGUUGUUCCAAGAUGACAUUUAUUCUUUUGCGUCAACAGAUUUGAACGAGCCAUCAUGUGGAGGUGUUCCUGCCAAAUCUAGCUCCGCUGUCACUGGGCGGUGGUUCGAGACAAAGGGUCUUGAUGCGGACUCAGAGUAUCUCUCUACUUACCUCUCCAUGGAUCAGCCAGGACCAGCUUCUGUAGUUUUUGAGCCGCAUAUCCAGCAGUCUGGGGAGUAUGUUGUGCUCAUGUACACACCAGGUUGCCGACAAGACAGCAGCUGCACUGCUAGGGGCCAAGUCAAUGUCACUGGGACUUAUACCAGGAAUGGGGAUCCUCAGCCAGCACCGCCUUACUAUCAGACCAACGAUUUCGCUAAAUAUGAUACCGUGUAUAGAGGAUUCGUCGAUGCCGCUGACGAUACCUUCCGUCCUAGGGUCACUCUCGCUCCCGCUACUAAUCAACCGUCUCCUGUUGUCAAUAUAGUUGCACAGAAGGUUCAAUUCCUGAUGAUCACCAACUCAACACCCAUCGGGACGAGUGAGGAUGGCUCCGAUUCUGGCUCUUUGGAGCUGAAUGGUCUUUACGAGUUUGACCCUAAGCAGACCGACACCCCGAAGGCUUCCGAUGUUGCUAAGUCGGUCAUUAGUACUGCUGGAAGUCGAUUGCGCACUGGUGCUAAGGUUAAGGCGGUUGUUUCUAAGGAUAGUACCGUUUAUGUAGCUGGUGAAUUCUCAGCCAAGGAUGAUAGCUUUCAACAUAUCUUUACUAUUGGCCCCAGCGGUGUUGCUUCUGUAACUCAGGGUGGUUUGGAUGCGCCGGUCAACUCCCUGCUGCUUCAAGGAGAUCUCCUGUAUGUUGGUGGCCAAUUCCAAAACACCAAUUCUAGCUCCACAACUGGUUUAGGUUUUGUUGCUAGCUAUAAUACCAAGACGAGGGAAUGGGGUGGACUGGGGUCUGGUGUUAAUGGUCGUGUCAAGGAGUUGGUUCAUAUAUCUUUGAACCUUACACGUGGAGCAAGGGAUGGGAUUGCCGUCAGUGGUGAUUUCACCAUGAUCAAGGCAGACGGUGCUAACUCUGGUGCUGUGGAUGUCGAGGGGUUUGCUGUCUGGAUUCCGUCUGAAAAGCAAUGGUUGGAACGAAUGUCCAACGAGAGUAUCUCACUCGGGGGUAUUCUUUCGGCUUCCAUCAAUGUUCCUAACAGCAAUAUCCUCUACUCUGGCUCCAUGUCUUCUCAGACCGACGCAGCACCUGGUGCCGUUUCCCUUCGUUCUAAGAACGGCCUCGACGUCCAAGCUUUCCCUAUUCAGCUUGUCAGCAACCAGGAGGGUCGCGCUAAUCGAAAACGUGCUGUCGUUCCUUCAGGUUUCACAGGUGCCGUCGCUGGAGUAUUCUAUCUCAAUGACGGCAAGAACUACACUAUCCUUGGCGGUCACUUUUCUGCUCAGGGUAACGAUGGCACUGUCAACAAUGUCGUAAUCAUUGAUAACAAGUCAACAAAUAACUCUGUCACUGGGAUAGGAAAUUCGCUUGACGCUUCUAGCCUUGUCCUUUCAAUGGUUAUUAUCGAUCAAUUCUUGUUUAUUGGUGGCUCGAUUACUGGUAAGGUUGGCAAUAACGAUAUUGGUGGAUUGGCUGUGUGGGAUAUGUCCACGAUGUCGUUCCCCAAUGGGAGCCAGCCUAUUAGGCUUCAAGGUAGUGCCAAUGGCGUGGAGGUUCAUGCGAUCACUCGUCGUCCUAGUAAUAAGAGGGAGAUCUAUGUCGCCGGAAAGUUCGACCAAGCCGGUUCCCUGCCUUGUCCAUCCCUUUGCAUCUUUGACAAUAAUGCUAAGCAAUGGGAGGCCCCUGGAAUUGAUGUUUCUGGGCAAAUUAAUGUCCUAUACUGGGCCGAUAUCAAUACCUUGCUUGUUGGAGGUGAUAUGAACAUCAAUAAUACUGCUACGUAUCUCGCGAUCUACGACGCGAAGGCUAGCAGUUGGCGUGCCUUUAAGGGUGAUAUUACCAACAUCCCUGGACCUGUUACCAGCAUUGCUGUAAAUGCCGAUACCAUCGAUUCUAUCUUCAUUUCUGGCACAAGUGCGAAUGGUGGGGCUGCUUAUGUGAUGAAGCUCAAGAGUGAUGGGAAAUUUCAAGCGUUGACUGGUCUCGGGGACAACACCGUCAUCAGGAGCGUCCAAGUUCUUGAACUCCAAGAUGGUAACGAUUCCAAUGACUUCCUCGAAGAUAACCAAGUCCUCCUCGUCAUGGGAUCCCUUAACCUCCCCAACUUUGGCAACGUCUCUGCCGCAACCUUCAAUGGCACAGACUGGAAGCCCCUAUUCCUUACCACCACUACAGGCAACCGACCGGGGACAAUUGCCUCCUUGUUCUCUCAGAGACAACAGAAAUUUUCACCUGGAGGCAAAAAACUAGCGAAAGGCUUCGUAAUCCUGAUCUCCCUUGCCAUCGCCCUGGGCCUUGUCUUCUUGCUCGUCUGCUUGGGUGUGUUGGCAUCAUACAUUCGCCGCCGCCGUGAGGGAUACGUCCCCAUGCCGACUACGCCUUCACCUGGAGGGCAAUCUCCGGAUAUGCAGGAGCGAUUACCACCUUCACAUCUGUUUAGUAGUAUUGGACAGAAUUCGGGAAGGGCUGGCGUGCCAGUGGUAUAG